AUGGAAGAGGCAUAUCAGAAUACAAUAAGUAACCGAUCAGAGAGUCUAAUAAACUACCUGAAGAACUUUUUGCCAAUAACUGUUGCAUCUACCACUUGGGAAAGCAGAAACUUGAAGGACGGCGCCAUUAACCACACUAAAACUAUCGUUGAUGCUUCUCAGAAUAGCUCAAUAUGCAAGAUAGAUAUUGAUGCAGAUUCUGAAGGUAUAAUAACAGAGGACUAUCUAAUAGGCUGUUUAAAAGAUGUACUGAGCAUUUCGGGUGAAUUUGCAGAUGCAAUUGUUUCCACUCUUUUGACCCCAUUCCGAAUGCUUUCGCCUGUCUAUAUCACACUAUUAAUCCUAUCAAUAUUGCUUUUUCUAGCCAUUUUUUACAUUGACAAUUCAAUAGCAUUUUCUGCGGUGUACUAUGCUUAUUUGUCGAACUUUUCGCUGGCUAUUUGCAUUAUUUUCGCUAAUUUCAGUAUUUUGCAAAAAGCUUCUACCAUAUCAUCCGGGGAACUUCCAAAGGGUCUUGAGUUUUUCAUCAGGCUUUAUCCUUACGGUUGGAUGUUCUGUGAAGUAUUUGUGAUGCUGCUUUAUUGUUUUUACUUUAUCAGUUACAUAUUAUAUGCAAGUACAAAAGAUUAUAAAGAUGAAGAAAGCCAAGCCAUGAGAAGAUAUAUCAGGGACAGACGUGCAAGACUGUCUGCUGCCUUGCUAUUGUCAUUGAUUGUAUCUGAAAUAUACUAUUUUAUCUGCAGGAUGGCCAUGGUAUGGAUGGGGAGCAUCUUGGCUGGGUUC